CGCGUUUGCUGACGAUCCCCUUCCAUUUCUUGCUCGAGCUACACUUUUUCUUCUCUGCAUUUCCCCUGAAAAACAACCUUAUUCUCCCCCCUCUUUCUCUCUUCACCCAUCUCUCUCUAGACUUUCUCUUUCGUCACUCUCUUCGUUUUCAGGCGUCUUUCUCUCUCUAGACUUUCUCUUUCCUCUCUCUCUUCGUUUUCAGGCAAGAACUGGCGGCUCAGGCAGAGGAGAUAAGCCUGGAGGAUCAGGUCAGUGAGCGGGCGGUCCUGGCGUUUUACGAGGCCCUGGCGGCCGGCGAUGCGGGCAAGCUGCAGCAGCUGCUCGCCCCCGAUCUAGAGUGGUGGUUUCACGGUCCACCCACGUUCCAGCACUUGAUGCGCUUUCUCUCUGGAAAAGGCUCCCUCGGCUCGUUCACCUUCUCGCCUCAGUCGGUGGCCUCUCUCGGCCCCGUUGUCAUCGCAGAGGGUCGCUCUUUCUCUACCUUCUGGGUUCACGCUUGGACUGUGAGAGAUGGGGUAAUCACUCAGCUCCGAGAGUAUUUCAACACUUCUGUCACCGUGACUCGAUUCUCGGAGGCCAACCCAAGUGCCGAUUCUUCUCUCUCUGGCCGGCCUGCUUCCCUCUCGAAAUCGGCUUCUCUCUCUAACCCGGUUCGCUCGUCUCUCUCCAAUUCGAGCACUGCGGUGCUGAAUUGCUCGCCGGUUUGGGAGAGCAGUCUGCCAGGUGCGGGCGGGAGGUCGGUUCCUGGCCUUGUCCUCGCAAUCUGAUCUCUCUCUCUAUAAUAAAUCUGGUGCCCUAGAAUUCGCACUUCUUAAGAGCAUUCUGAAUAAAGCGUUAGAGGUGUUCUGGAUUGAACAAUUGGGGUAGAGAGAUGUAAGGGAUUUGAUUGGUUUAGAUUUAGGUUUGAUUUUGCUUUUGAGUGUGUUUACUUGUGAGAGAUUGUCUGGUUUGUUUUUUUGAGUCUGUUUGGGUUUUUGUCCAUAGUUUUGUUUGACAGAAAUAUGUUUGCUGGUAUUUUGGAGUCCAAUAUGGCAUGUUAUGGUGUCCCUUUUUUAAUAAAACGUAUGUUAUGGUUUGAUAUAA